UUUUGAUGGUAUUUAUCUAGUCAAUUUGAUUCGCUAUCGGAGAUGGGUAUGUAUGGUGCGACGAGAGAGAUAGACAAAAAUUAUAUUGAGAAUUAUUUGGGAGAAAUAAUUGUGAUACGAUUAUUGGAAGGGGCUGAAGGUCAGGGAACGAGAAUAAGCGGGGACAUAUAUUGAGGAUUGAGGUACAAUAUACUACUGUUAUUUUGUAUUAGUUGGGUAGUAUAUGCUUGGUACUUGGAACUCGACCCAUUGCUAGAAUCAGCAAUUUGCCGGCAUUUUAUUAACUUUUAAUAACAUGGAAGGUUACAAAACAGGAAAAUUGAUAAUCGAAGGAAAAACAAAGCAAGUAUAUGAACUUGCUGAUGAACCAUCACUAUGUCUGCUGCUGAGCAAAGACAGAAUCACCGCUGGAGACGGAGUAAAAUCCCAUGUUCUCGAAGGCAAAGCAGCUAUCAGCACAGCGACCAACGCUAAAGUAUUUGAACUGCUGAACAAAGCUGGUCUGAAGACUGCGUUUGUCAAGUUAGCUGGAGAAAAAGCUUUUGUAGCUAAGAAAUGUGAAAUGGUACCGAUCGAGUGGGUCACCAGACGUCUCGCAACUGGAAGUUUCCUCAAAAGACACCCAGGAGUACCAGAAGGUUACCGCUUCAAUCCUCCGCUUCAAGAAACUUUCUACAAAGACGACGCCAACCAUGAUCCCCAGUGGUCUGAGCAGCAGAUAAUAUCAGCAGGGUUCAAGUUGAACGGAGUGACCAUCGGAAAAGACGAGGUCGAUAUAAUGCAGCGUAUGACUCUUGCUGUUUUUGAAAUUCUGGAGCGCGCUUGGGCAACUCGCGACUGUGCUUUGAUAGACAUGAAGAUAGAGUUCGGUAUUGAUGCUGAAGGAGAAAUUCUGGUCUCUGAUAUCAUCGACAGCGAUUCCUGGAGACUCUGGCCUUCUGGAGACAAAAGAUUGAUGAAGGACAAGCAGGUGUACAGAAAUCUCACGACUGUUACUGACGCGGAUUUGCAAACAGUAAAGCGUAAUUUCGAGUGGGUAGCUGACCAGUUGGACUAUCUUGUUCCUCCGACCAAGCCGAUGCUCGUUAUUUUGAUGGGAUCGGCUUCAGACAAGGAACACUGUCAAAAAAUCGCUAAGCAUGCUGCUGAUCUAGGACUCAGGGCGCAAUUGAGAGUCACUAGUGCUCAUAAAGGCACUGCUGAGACAAUGAGAAUACUCGCUGAGUACGAAGGCAGUGGCGAGAAGGUUGUAUUGGUCGCAGUCGCUGGUAGGAGCAAUGGACUUGGCCCAGUACUUUCAGGCAACACUGCAUUCCCGGUUAUCAAUUGCCCACCUGUUACUACUGAAAAUGUCGACCAAGAUAUUUGGUCUUCAUUAAACGUUCCUUCGGGAUUGGGCUGUACUACUGUACGUUAUCCUGAGAGCGCAGCUCUUGCAGCAGCUCAAAUCCACGCUUUGCAUGAUCAUGUUGUCUGGGCUCGUCUUCGCGUAAAACAACUUGAUAACUUUGUCACUUUGAAGUACGCUGAUAAGAAGUUGAGAGAUUUAACUAUUCAAUAAUUUUUAUACUCGAAUUUAUAAUUUUUAAACUUCAAGUAUGCAACUACAAAAAAUACACAAAUAAUAAACGAUUAUGUAAAUAAUU